GUGUGGAAGAAGGACACAAAAAUGACAUGGCUGUUCCAAAUGGGAUAAAAAAACUCACACAAUAGCAAACAUGAAUCAACAACAUGGAAACAGGCCUGACUGUGGGGCCUUGAUAAGAGUAUGGAUAAAACAAGCAAGUGAGAAAACUUGGUUGCCCUGAUAUUUAGCAUUUCAGACAUUAAAGGCUUCUACAGCCUGUGGAUAUUUUCAGAAACAAUUCUUUCCGUGCUGGUAGAUGGGAAACAGUCUCUGCCUACUGCAGAGAUGGGCAAGGUGAGCUGAGUGGGCCCUUUGUUAGGGGCAGCAAGGAGAGGCUGCUUGGAAAGAGAGGAAGCAGGAAGCUGAGUCAUAGCAGGGCAGGCAGGGGCAGUGGCCUCACCAGCAAAGGAGUAGUCCUGAUGUACCUAAGCACAAAGAUCAGAGCAGGUCAGGAUUAGGAUUUAGAUCAGCAGGGUAUGUGGCCAGACAGGGACAUGGCCAGGCAUGGCUGUGCUAGCUCAGGCAGGGACCAAAGGUGAGAGACUUGGCUAUGAUAAGGACAAUGUUGCUGAGCUUUCUCAAAGCCAAAGACCUCUAUUACUUAAGCUGGACCUCAGUCCAGGCAGCCAAUCCCCCAGGAAGUGGAGAAUAUGCUCAGGGCCCUGACAUUGUUCUGUCAAGCUGCUUGCAGCCAUCUUGCACAGCAUGCUUGCUCCAUGUUCCUCUGCCAGACAGCAAAGCUGUGCAUAUGGCUGUGUUGAAAGUACAGCAGAAGUCUUGUGGCCUGGGUAAAGAUGAGAAGUCUUAACCUUUUAAAUCAGCUGUUUGAAUUGUAAACCAUUCUAGUAUCUGUAGUGGCUGGGAAAAAAAAGACAUUUUUUCAGCUUUAGGAGCAAGACCCUAUUUUGAUGAAUAGGAUGGGUAUGUUGUAUAGGUCCUGGCAAGGAGAAGAUGAAGCAUUUUACCCGUAAGCUAUGGUGGAGCUUCUCAGACCUUUCAGUAGGUACUUGCAGCAAAAAGAGUUGAAAAACCUAAAAAAGUCUUUCUCCAGAGCAGGAGGAUUUUCAGAUGAGGUUCACCUAAGGGAAGUGCUGGGAUAUACUUCUGUUUGUGCAUAAAGAAGCACAGAAGACUGGGAAAUAGUUCAUGAGGGAGAGCUUAGUCCUGUGUGGAGAUCAUACCUUUCCUCACAGCAAGGCCUGCUAGAAUGCACAGCUUAGUGGGUCUUGUGCAAGUCUUCUUCCCUUUCUUCCAAUUGGGAGACAGACUGUAGCACAUAGAAUCAGGAAACUAAUGUCAAAGGGAAGAUCCCAGUUUUAUCUGGUUUUUGGUUGUCAGUUCUUCUGCGGGAGCUGUAGUUGAGGUGGGAUGUGUUUCUCCACCCCUUCUCCCAUUAAUUGUAUUCUACAUUCUGUGACUUCAUGUCUCACAGCCAUGCAGGAACUGCUCUUGCCACAGCCACACAGUGCAGAUUGCAGACACAAACCUGCCAGAUUUCACAAAACCUUGAUGCUGUGUGUGGACUCCUGAAGAAAUGGAGAGGAAGGGUUGUACAUUGGAGGAAAUAAAAAAAAAAAACCAAACAGGAAACCAAAAGCCCCAAGGUCUUCCUGACCUUUGAUCAUGAGGUAAAAAGAUCUGAAUCUGAACUCAUCCUGUUAAAUCAGCAUAAACCUAUAAGGUUCUAGGAGGAAGAGCAACUGGGCUGUUAACGUAGGUAAGCAGAGCACCGUGGCCCAAGUGGUUAACACAGAUUGUAAUGCCUCAAGGUCUAGGUAGUCUGUUGAGUGCUCGUUACAUUAUGUGAACAAUAGAUUCUCACUCUGGAGACUGUUACUGGUCUCUUUCUUCCAAGGUAAUAGCUCUGUCCGUGCUAAUGGUCAGGGAAAGCCCAUUGCAGGAUGAUAGCUUAAUUUUGCCACCUGCCAUUACCUAUAGCUGUAUGUCCCCACCCAGAGCUGGGGCUCUGAUGGACGUUCCUUGAAGCUGAGCAUAGGAAGAUCAGAGAGCAACGGCUGGACCGUGUAGUGGCUCCUGACCAGAGCUAUGUUUUCCAGUCACUGCUGGGAUCCUGUGGUGGAUUUCUUGCAUCACUUUUGUUUGGGGCAGGCCAGACAGGUAACUUCCAGUGGCCUGCUCUCCCUUUUCUUUCCCAGGCAUUGCAGGAUGGCAGCUCCUGCGUGUUGAGGCAGAGGCAGCUGCCUUGCUUAGUCGACUGGCUUUUCAAGCCUUGAAGCAGUCUGAAGAGACACUGCCUAAAGGAGGGAGCCGCCUGUAACUUGCAGCCUUUGUGUUGAGCCUAGUGUGUUAGGCAUGUACAGAGAUGUGGCACUCCCUGCCCUCCCAAGCCUGAUCCGCGAGUCUGGCUGGGCUGGUGACGCUCGGGACCAGUGUUAAACUCAGUCUCACCCGUGACCGUGUGCUGCCAUCUGCUGCCGAAACCCUUUGUUGCGGGCUUUCCCGCAAUCCCUGGGCUCAGCCGCCGUCUCCAGGGGCCGGCUGGGUGCCCAGCAGUCGAGAGGGUGGCAGGUGGGAUGCAGGCAGACAUAACCUGAGACCUGGCUAGCACUGGUGGGGUGCCUUCUGAAAUGAAAUCGCAGCUGGCGAUUUGUAGUUUGAUAGCUUGGCAAUGAUGGCAGUGAUGCUUCCAAACGUAGCCGUGUCGUGCUGUCCUACUGCCCUCUGUGCUUCAGUGCCCUUAUGCACAGACACCGUAAUGUAGGGCUUGGAACUGAGCUGACCCAGGGCAGGCACACAUCCCCUUUUGUGGUCGGUGUGCAUACAGGUAUGGAUGUCUGCUGUCUUUAAAGUCUGGCCCAAAGGAAUGGAACUCCUCCUAGUCUUUUUAAAAGUGAUGGCUAAGCACUUUUCCAUGAGUCCGUGUUUAUGGUGUUAAGCAAACUGUUCAAAGAUGUGUGAGAUGCUAUGUCAGUAGUGCUACAGAAACAAUCCUUUUGGUUAGCUGGCAGGGACAAGGAGCUGGAUUCCAGUGAGAGAUAAGGGGUAGGAGAGCAAUUUCUUUGGAGAAUAUAUGCUAAGUGGCUAUAGAUACAGCUGUAUGUCUGGCCCAGAGUUAGGGGCUGCUGUCACCAGUACCUAAAGCUGAAGUCACUACCAUGGAAAUUACCCUUUUUGGGUAGAAAACCAGGAAAAGCCCUUAAGCAUACAUCCCAUGCAGAAACAGGGUUACUAUGAGCAGAUAACCUGCCCUGGGUAGCCCAGUCUAGCUCCAGAAGUAGUCCUGAUUUGAGCAAGGUUUGAAUGAGAUACCUCCAGUCUGAAGUAUUUCCUAGCACAGCUUUUGUGCUCACCUGUGGUGAGGUGGGUCUCUUGCUGGGCCAGCAGUGUGGUGAGAUGUCUGACAUGGGGAAUUGGUCAGUGAAGAGGAAUGCUGAGAUCUGACAGUCAUCCUUCACCUCAGAAAGGGCAGAGGCUCUGCGAGGACCAAGAUGGUGUGCUGAGACUGUCCUGUCCAGUCUUAAAAUACUAAAUAGGCAAAUAACUGUGAUCUGGAGGCAGAGUCUAAGAGUUGUGGGCUGUGGUGCUGCAGGCCAGCGUGAGUCAUCGAGAAGCACUUUGCCCUCUUCGUCAGUCCCAGCUGGCAGGGAGUCAGCAGCAGGGGCCCUUUGCCCUCUGGGUCAGUGCCAGCUCUGUGCUGGAGGCUGGCAUCUGGAAUGCCAUUUGCCCACCCUUUGCUUCGCUGUGCUGACUUCAGUGUCCUGGGUUGGUAAAAAUGGGUGACACAGGCACCUGGACAGUGUGCUCUUCAAAAGAAAAAUUUACCCUUCCCCAUCUGACUGUGUUGACAUCUGUGUCAUGAGGAGGCUCCUGCAUUCAGUUGAACCCCAAAGCUUGAGGCCUCCCUGCCUUGGAAUUAAAACUUCUCCAUCAUGUUUCAUUAAUGAGGUGCCAAGGAGUGUUUGGUUGAGCUGACUGUACUCCCUGGGUUUAGUUCAGCUUUCCAUGGCUGUUUACAGAUGGAUUUUGCUUUGUUCUAUCCUGACUGGACACAUGGGAUGGCUGCUCUGGAGGCAGGUGGUGUCCCCUCACCUCACUGCUGGCCAUCAUGAGGCUGGGAGGCUGCAAAUGGCCUGCAGGGCCACCUUGGCUACAAGGUAAGGGGCAGCACAGGCCACUUGCAGUCUUCCUGAUAAAUCCGUCCUUCAGGAUGGGAGGGGGUGAGGGAGCUCUGCAGUGCCAGGGAGGUUUGUGCUGCUAUUCCAGUAUCACCUGCUGGGACACCCUAAUCAGUAUGGCUCUCCCCAACACCUUCCUAUUAGGUUUUUUACUGCAUUCCCUUCACAUACAUGGAGGGGAUGAGGGGAUGUGGAGGGAAACAGUUUAAGUUCCAAUGAGAGUGGUCCUGAGGUUACAGCCUGGGUCUGGGUGACCUUAUGUGACAGCCCCCAUACUUGGGUGGUGCCUGUAGUUGUUUUCUAUUUUUGUGCUUUUCUUUCCACUCCCCCCAUUCCCCCUUCAAGAGAGGGAGUUCAAGGGCAGAGAGUAGCCAAACUGAAUACAAGGCUGUGGAGAUCUGUGUGAUCCUUAGACAGAACUGGAAAUGAAGCAUGAAGAAUUGCUUCUGUGGGGAGGUGUUAUGUGGCCACAACUUGUUCAUGUGACUUUCAUGUGCUCACUCUAAGAAGAUAAACUUCACAGCCCCACCUCUGUAAACAGCCCACUAGGGUCUGACCAGGACUUGGAUCUGGCCCAGGUUUGAAGUCAGAUGUGGUACUGUGGCAAGCAACUGCAGUAUCUGGAUCUGAUCUCCAACAAUUUAUAGCCUUGAGACUUGUGACUCAGAUCCAAAAAAGGAAGGAGGCAAAGGUGCAAUGUUCCCAGUAAUGGCAUGAACCAAAGCUCUGAGGUAAUUGCAUCUGAAUGUGCCCUCUGUCGGCUUUGAUUUGGUAAUCUGUUAAUUAGGGGAAAUAAAUGAAACAUGUCUUUGCUCUUCUGAAGAAAAUCCUCUGUUAAUGCUACGUAUGUUAAGAGGCAAGUUGGGGUUUCUUGUCUCUUUAAAGAUUCUCUGGAUCACAUUCUUCCUUCUCUUAUUCCUUCCCUUAUACCUGAAGGAUUUUGGUAACCUGUCAUCACACUACAGUGAGCACACGACUUUCCCUUCCCGAUUCUCACUGAGUUUGAGCUCUCUCAGCUCAGGUAACUUCAGGACAUGAUCUCUUCUGCUUGAAACCCUCAGCCCUCACUAAAACUUGGCAGGGAUGUGGCCAGGGGAGAAAUGCACAAACCGUUUUGGGGAGGAACAUUUCUUUUCAUCUCUCCUACUUUUCUUUCGUUCCCCUGUGUUCUGCAUGGAACUGUAACCACAGCAUUUUGGGGAGCUGCUGAUCUCUGGCAAUGUAUUCGUGAUGCUCUGGGUGGUCCUGCUCAGGAUUCCGUGUGUUUCUGCUGACUCAGGCCUGCCUGUGGUGAAGUGCUGCCACCUGCCAGAAACUUGUGUGGCUUCACAGUACUGCCUUCUGUUUAAUCCACCCCACUCAUUGCUCUCACUCCCAUUUCCCAUUGUCCAUUCACUGCUUUCCUGUUUCCUCUUCAUGCCUGGAUGCUCAAAUGCCUUCUUCCUGUGCUUUCACAUCUCCAUAUAAGCCAUUUUUUCCUUGGUCUCCUAGCAACCUGUAUGGAACCCUGGUUCGCCUUCUAUCAUUAGAGGGGUUUACUGCCUUCCAGAAGGGGUGUCUUCUCCCUGCAGCUCUGGCCAGUGUCAGCCUUGGCUGAGAAGGGCAUAGGGUGCCUUUCUCUCAGAUCCCGGAAGGCUGCUGUGCUCCCGCGCUGUCCCCUGGAGCAGUACAAACUGCAGCAUCCUGCCCCUCCCUGCCCUAAGCAGUUCCAUGCAGCAGGGUACACAACGGGAUCACUUACGGCUAGGUGCUCUCUAACCAGCCAAAUCCCUCAGGAGCUCUCAAGAAGCUCUUGCUGCCUGAAUCCCUUUGAUGUAGUAUCUGACACCCCUUAUCAACUGCCUUGGGUUCCCACUCUCUGUGUUCCAGUGCCUUUUUAUGCUCUUCCCUUUGCUGCUCUGCUCCAUAGCCUUAAUCUCUGAGGAGGAGCAAGGUGGUAUGGAGAGGGAAGACCAAGAAGGUGGCAUAUAUUCACUUCUAAUGGUCUUCUCACCUGGGUGCAGGGACAUAAAGCCUGGAUUUGGUUUAGGCUUUUAUCUAAGUGACUUGGAAGACUGUGCUAGCUAGAAGGGCCAUAAGAGCAGGUGGUGCCAGGACUGUAGGCAAAGACCUGCAAGAGGCAGGCAUUUCCUUACAAGAGUUAUAUGGACUCUCCCCAAAGUACAUCGUACUAAUACAUGUCCUUUAAUUCAUUCUUUUGUUAUAUUAACCUGGCCACUAGAGAUGUCAAACUUUUAAUCUCCUAAAUCUCCCUCAGACUUCUCCCCUUCCCCUUCUUUGAUAUGUUCCCUGCCUGCCUGGGAUUUGUUGAUUAAAAGAUAGGUUAAGGCAAAAGGCCACCCUCUGCUAUCAGCAACUGUUUCACCUUUGAAUUUCCUGAGAAUCCCUGGGACCAUCUUGCCCAGACCUGCUAAUUCCAUACCUUUUGCACAAUCACUUUUAUUUUGGACAGAUCCUUUGGUUUAGUCCCCUACAAAACAAGGGUUCUCGUGUGUGAAUUUCACCAAUUUAUUCCAUUGUGACAAAUAAUUAAUUUAGCUUUGUUUUGAUAUCCUUGUUCUCUCUGGCUGCUUAUUUUAUACCCUGCUCUUCAGUUGCCCUCAAGGCAAUAUAUCAAAUGUAAAGGGUUCAAGGAAGUUCUGACACCUUUGCUUUGUUAUGGUUUUGCACUUACUGGAGGUCACGCUCUUUUCAAUUUUCCUCAUUUGGAUGCAAGGUCAGCUUGUUGAAAAAUGCAUACUGAUAAUCUCUUUGGGUAGACGUUUUAGUCAUGUCAGCUUCAUUUUGCCUCUUGUCAAAUCUUCUAAACAGGGUCUAGGUAUUUGGGGGGCCAAUGUGAUGUCCCUGUGUAACCUCCAUGUCACUUGUGAUGACUCACAAGCCUUCAGCUCAAUUCCUUCAGCUGCCCCUCUCUAUUCAAACUGGCUUGUAAGAAGUGUCUCACUUCCCUGCAGCUUCCACCACAGCUGUGCUCAAUUUAAAAAUGGGAUUUCUUUUGGAAUGUGUGGGGUCACAGCCUUAGGAUUUGAGUUCUACUCUUUGCUGAUAAAUUUGAAUUUAACUCAAACGGUUCAGCUGGAUUUUCAAAAGAAGUAAUGCAUGUGCAAUGGCACUGUUUCCUCUGCUUACAUGGACCUGCUUGCUAAAUAGGAUGAUGCUGGCUGUGGGGUGAGAGGCUUGCAGAUACUACCUUAUUCCAACCUCAUUAACACGUAGGGGAGAAAGAGCGUUGGUGCCUCUGCUGCCUUCUCUUUGGGACAAAUGGUGCCCAUGGAGCUUGCAGAGCAACCAGCAGCUGGAGCACAAGUAAGGAGGGAAAGCAGGACUGUGGGAGUCCCAGGAAGGAGCUGGGGCUUGUGAGGCACGUGGGAGCUGAGAGCAUGGGAGGCACUUGGCAGUGUGGGGUAGGGCUGAGCUGGAAGACAUCUGUGGGGAAACACAGCUAUUGUGGAAGGACAAGGGAGUGAGCAGAACACAGGAGGAGGGGGAAGGGAGUAACUGAGGAACAGCAGUGGGACUGCAAGGCAGCAAAGUGUGAGUUUUGGGGGUUUUCAGGCAAGAUUUUUUUUUAAAUUAUUUUUUCAGCACCACAACUAACUGCAGGGUCCAAUUGUUCAUAUCUCCCACUCAUUUACAUGCCAUCAGUGCAUACAAAGUUCAAAGGACAAAUUUUUCACUCAGGAAUAUCACCUGGCUGUUAUUACACAUUGGCUCAGCACUGCAUCCUAUGGAAGUAUGAUUCAGGGUUGAAUUUUGACAGCAAGCAACAGCUCUGAUGGCUGAGAAAGAAGAAUUGAGCUGUCUCCUGAUGUUUGAGUGCAGCCUAAUGUAAUCUAAUAAAAGGAGCAGCUAGAGCCUGAAUUUGCAUUUGAAAUACCUCAGCUAUGUUUGGAGAUGUGUUUCAAUGGAAAAAACUCAUGAAGCUCUGUAACUUCCUUCUCUGUCUGCUGAUGGUGUUUCCUGUUUCUUCACAGUGGAAAUCUUGAAACCCUGCCAGGAAAUAAGCUUUUUCCCCAUGAGACUCAGUCUGCUGUGGCUUGGUUGGGUGGGGACAGGAGGAAGCAUGCAGAGGAUUGCUCUAAAUUCUCAACAAGAAAUUUGAGGGCUUAACUAGAUUUCAGCAGAUACUUAGGGAGGCUUAAUUCCAGUGAGAGGGCCAAGCCUGAAGACAAAGGAUAGUGCUGGAAGGAUGUUGGAAAAAGAAGCAGGCAGCAUGCAUCCUCUUGAGGCACCAGGCUUCUCUCCUGCAGCUGUUGUUAUUCUUGUGUAAAAGUCUCCCUCUUUGCACACAAUACAUAAAGGAGAAGUUAGCUCAGGACACAUAAGACACGAGGAGGGUCCUUGGUAAAGUUCCAUAUGCCCCACUCUGUAUAGGGGCAGUUCUCCAUAAUCUGUGUUCAGAUUCCCUUUAUCUUCUGCCACGCUGUUCUCCUCUGUUGUCUAGUGCACCUUCUUCCUUCUAGUGCCCUAUCUCAACUCCAGCUCUGCCCUGUGUACCCUCUGUGCUCUGUGGAUGUCCUGUGAGCAGCUCAUUCUGCUCUGCCUUAAGGGAAUUCCAGCUAGCCGAACUAACCAGCUUCAUCCUUCUGGUUGUUUUGCAGACCUCAUUGUGGCUUUUUGGUACUUAGAGGGGGCUUAUAAGAAAGAUGGAGAGAGGCCUUUUAACAGCACCUGUAGUGGUAGGAUAAGGGGUAAUGGGUUUAAACUGAAAAAAACAGAUCUGGAUUAGAUAUAAGGCAGAAAUUCUUUACAAUGAGGGCGCUGAGACACUGGAACAGGUUGCCCAGAGAAGUUGCAGAUUCCCCUUAAUUGAAAAUGUUUAGGGCCAGGUUGGAAGGGGCUUUGAGUGGCCUGAUGUAGUGAAAGAUGUCCUUGCCCAUGGCAGGUGGGCUGGAGAAGAUAGUCUUUGAAGGUCCCUUCUACCCAAACCUGAGUCCUAUCUGCUGAUUGAACCCUUCUUACCCUGCCUGACUUAUAGGCAUCUGUUCUCAGAAGUCUGAUUUAGAAUGUACCUCAGCAGCCAUUUCCCUUGUCUCCUUUCAAGAUCUGCUUCAGCUUGAAAUCAGACUAAACACUGACAGUUUCCCCAAGGUAAUAUCAGAGGUCUUUACCAGAAAGUAGAUAAGGGAGAUAAAUAAAAAACAGUGUUGGAAAAGCAGAAGAAAAAUGUAAACUAUCCCUUUUCAGCCUCUGAAGUGGAGCCUGAAGCAAGCACUGCUCUGAACUUCCACAGGCUGUGAAUCAGGUUUUAAUAGAAAACUUUCUGUGUGUACUCUUCCCAAUAAUCUCUCGGACCAUCAACAUAAUUUUUUUUAAAAGUUCCACUUUCUUUGUUCUCCUCCCUGACCCCAGCCUGAUCCUUCUGUUUCUUCUUGGAUAUAUCAACCUUCUGAUUAUUUUUAUUGCUCUGUCUAAGGCUGCAACUCCCCAGUCUCACUUCUACAGGAACAUUUCCCAGUCUGAGAUUUGUUCUCGUGCUAGGUUCCAACUGGGACUGACUUGGAAGAGUGAGACAUAGCUGCGACAUUUGAUGUAGCAAAUCCAGCUUAACCACAAGGGACAAGUAGGGCAGAAUGCAUUUUGUACUGGACUGUAGGUUAAACUGGGCUAGGACCCAUGAUAGCUGCAAGCAUGAGAGCAGUGGUAGACUUACUAACAGACAAAGAAAGGCAUGAAAAUAUGGGAAGGGGAGAUAAUUAAGUAAAAAGUUUAAAAGAGGAAAAAAACCCAACCCUAUAAAUGUCUUGAAAAGGAAGCCUAUCAGCUGAGAAUCUGAUAUGGGGAAGGAGUACAACUUCCUUUUUAGUUGGUUCUCAUUUUUCUUUUAUGUCUCGAGAGCUUCCAUAGUGCCAGGACUGAUUUCGUGGGCUAAGAAACUGAAAGUCUCUUUGGAGCAUUUCUGAGCUCCCAGAAAUUCUCAGGUUAUUGCCAGUGCUUCCAGUGUUCAUCAGAGCCUUCUUUGAUGGGCAGAGGGUGAGUAAACAGAUGGGAAAGGCUCAGUAACCUAUUGGUGUCACCCUCUGGAAACAAGGACCUAAAAGGACCACCUUUUAUGUGGCAAAACUAAGGAAAGGGUUACACUGUGAUUAAAUGGCAUCAGAAAUCACCUAUGCCGAGGUGAAGUUCAGAAAUGAAUCACCGGCUCCAGUGGUCAAAGUACCUCCUGAGACGAAGAAGCCUGAGCACCAUCCUCAGAAAUACCCACUCUGGCUGCCAUGGCUGAUCUCACUGCUGCUCUUCUUGGUGUGCAUUGCCCUUGUUGUCAUCCUCUUCGUGGUUCCCUUCUGCCACAGCAGUGACCAGCCCACAGUCCUGCAGCAGCAGUUCUCAGAGUGGGAGUGCAACUCAGCGCUGCCACAAGGCACAGACCGAGGCUGGAUGUGCUGCCCAAAGGGCUGGAGAAGGUUUCAAAGAAGCUGCUAUUUCCUGUCCACUGAUAAGAUGGCAUGGGCUGAGAGUGAGCAGAACUGCACUAGGAUGGGCUCCCAGCUGGUGGUGAUCAACAGCAAGGCAGAGCAGGAUUUCCUCUCUGAGCAGAUAAAACGAAAUCCAAAAAGAGAGAAUUUCCACAUUGGUCUGUUUGCGGAGAAGGUGGGACAGUGGCAGUGGGUGGACAAGACUCCAUAUAAUGUGACAGCAGCGUUCUGGCGGGAAGGAGAACCAAGUAACGCCACAGAUGAGAACUGCACUGUAAUGCAUGUUCCUGGAGUAUCUCCCAACAACUGGAAUGAUGUCAGAUCAGAUCUUUUGCAUCAUCGAAUUUGCGAAGCUGCAGCAGUAACUGUGUGAUUGAAAUAUCCUAUCCCUGUCCUGAGUAAAUCUGGGAGCUGAGCAGUGAGCUGGGAAGAGCACUGGGCUGUGCUGGGAGGGGUGGGGAGCCCUGACACAUCUACACUGUGCUGGGUGGGACCACGUGUGUGGAAGUGAAAUGAGCUUUGUCCAGCAUCCCCAGUGCACGUAGUGGCUCAGGGAACACAGGAAGGCUCAGGCUCAUCAAAGCAGGUCCUGUGUUCUUGUGUCCUCUUCUCUCUGAGUGGGUCCAGCAGCCACUGGCUGGAAAGAGAUGGACUUCUCCAGGAGGAAGCCACAGGAAUGGAAGGCAGAUGUCCAGAGAUGCAAUUUCCUUUGUCUCCAUGAGCAGAGGUGUUUGCUUUUGUUGAGUCACACAGAAUUUACUCCAGUUGUCCUGGUUUUGCUGAACAAAUUCUGAAUUCUUGUACAAGAGGAAAUACGAUAUCAGACCAAUGGAAAAA